AUGGAAACAAAAAGGGGAAAAGAGCAUAAUGCCCUAGUUCCAAAGUUUGGACUUUUACAUGGACCUUUGUCAAUUAUCUCCAGGCUACUAUAUGGGAAGUUCUCUAUUUUUGCCUUCAUUGUGGGUUUUGUGGCAUUCACAAUGCAUAUGCCCAUACAGUUAAUAUCCGUUAGUUCAAGGCACGUUGCAGUGGCCUUUAAUAUUCCCACAAAAACAACUGGGAUAUAUUUUACUAAGUUUUAUAGCCUAAGGGCUCUGGUGACUCUGAUAGCCUCCUCAAUUACCUAUUGCAUAAAGUGGUUUGUCCCUGAAGACAACAUAUUCUUAACGCUUUUAUUUUGUGUUAUGAUGGUCGUAUCCAGGCUACUCCUCUUAGUUUAUGUUUAUAUUUCUAACAAACCUGCACUUGAUAUUUAUAACUUUUUCGUUUUUGAGGCUUUGUCACUCGGGAUGUUUCAAAUGACAUUUUAUACCCUAACCCCGGAAUAUGUAUCACUAUUGUCAGUAGCCUUCAAACUUUCAAGAAUUUCAUUGUUUUUUCUCCAAAUGAUCAUGGACAGGUUCAUUUAUGAUAAACCACUUUUAAUGGUGAAGAUACACUUUUGGAUUAUCUUCGUCUUCAGUUUCCUUUCCACAGUGUUUUGGUUCUACUACUCAAUAGUUAAAGUCAAAAGUGACCUUCAACAACAAGAGCAAAUGUGUGAAGAUAAAGAUGAUAAAGAUGAUAAAAUAGAAAGAUUGGACGUUUUGGAAAAAGAGGAAACUGAAAAUCUAGGUGAGACUAGUGUUAGGAACAGAUUUACUGUUAAGGAAAUGGUAAAAUUUAAAUAUUCAAGAGAUCCGGAUCCUGAGAAAUUAAGGCUUUCAGAACCUAGCUUUUUUAGACACAUGAUCAAUUGCCUUUCUCCGUUCAUGAUGUGUCUGGUAACUCUAGUCAUGAAGAACAUUUUAUAUCCUGGUAUAUUGCCAUAUUCUCUGCUGGAAAGGGAUAAAUGCCACACAAUCAACAUGUAUAGAACUCCUGUAGGACUGGUUGGUACACUAAUUGUCCACCUAGUUAGGUUAUAUUGCGACUCUAUUAACGUGAAAUGGAAAUGGUACUGGCAUUUCAUUUGGGUUCUAGCCAUUCCCCCUGCCUUUAUAUUCUAUCUUUGUUUUGCCGCUUUACACACACAAGGAUCCUUGUCUGAGAAGAUCAUCGACUCUGAAGGUACAGUGCUAGCAAUGUCUACCUUUUUCUUCCUAUGUCACACUAUUGUCGAGACUGCUGGGUACUUGGGUGUAGUUUCAAACGUCAAAUAUUGCGGAAGGUUCUUCGAUAGGGGACUCAAGGUCAUAGCAACCAACCAGCUUUCAGGAAUAAUAUUGUCCUUUGUUUUUUACAAGUUCGCAGUGGGAUAUAACGUAACUAGAAAUGUAACAAACCUAUACCCUCCAAAAGAUGCUCGCUCCAUAUACAAGUUGUGGUACUGGAUUUCCAACUCAGUAAUGGUCGGGCUCAUGGACUUUGUUAAAGAUUUCAAAAUGAAUAUCAUGGAUUACAUUUAG